CGUGAGGUCACGGGUUUGGGGCGGGUCCGGUCGCUGUAGUCUACUUCCUGUUUCUCUUCUCCGGCUUCGCCAGAUCAGCUGCUCCGGUCGUCUCAGUCCGAAAGACACUAUGUCACAUCAAACGGGCAUUCAAGCGGGUAAUGAUGUGAAGGAAAUCUUUGCCAUUGCCAAAACCGGAGACCGGUAUCGAGCCCUUAAGAUCGUCAUUGAGGAUGAGCAGCUGGUUCUAGGCAGCACCAGGAAAUCAUCAAAGACGUGGGACCAGGAAUAUGAUUCCUUAGUGCUGCCGCUGCUGGAGGAUGGUUUACCCUGUUAUAUUCUGUACCGGCUGGACUCCAUUAACAACCAGGGCUACGAAUGGAUCCUUCUGGCCUGGUCACCGGACCACUCUGCUGUGCGACAUAAAAUGCUAUAUGCUGCUACCAGAGCAACACUGAAGAAAGAGUUUGGAGGAGGCCACAUCAAGGAUGAGCUCUUCGGCACCACAAAGGAGGAGCUGAACCUCCAUGGUUACAGGAAGCACCUGACCUCACAGGCGGCUCCUUUGCCCCUCACUGCUGCAGAGGAGGAACUGAGGCAGAUCAAACUCAAUGAGGUCCAGACGGACAUCAGUGUGGACACGAAGCAGCAGACUCUGCAGGGAGUGGCCUUCCCCAUCAACAAAGCAGCUGCUGAGGCUCUUGUACAUUUUAGGGACAAGAAAAUCAACUAUGUACAACUGAAAAUAGAAGAUGAGGUGAUCUGCUUGUGCAGCACUGAGCCGACAGAGCUGAGAGAUCUGCCAAAGAGAAUCCCCAAAGAUUCUCCCCGUUACCACUUCUUCCUGUACAAACACUCCCAUGAAGGGGACUACCUGGAGUCCACAGUCUUCAUUUAUUCUAUGCCCGGGUACAAGUGCAGCAUCCGAGAGAGGAUGCUGUACUCCAGCUGCAAAAAUAACCUCAUCGACAUGGUGGAGGACAAACUCAAGCUUGAAGUUGAGAAAAAGCUGGAAAUAGAAAAUGGGGACGAGCUGACAGGUGACUUCAUGUAUGAGGAGGUGCAUCCCAAACAGCAUGCACAUAAGCAGGCGUUUUCCAAGCCCAAAGGCCCCGCCGGGAAGAGGGGUGGCCGCCGAAUCACACAGCCCCCCAGAGAAGGAGAAGAAGAUUAAACCAACCUCACCACCUGAGCACCACCUUCAACGCGUUCCACAGUGGAACAUUCCUGCAAUGGGAGGGAAAAUCACACAUUUGACUAGUUUUCCAAAAUUUUCAAUCUCAAAUUUCCACAAAGUUCCCCAAAAGACCCAGCUAUGCACGCCCUGAACAACUGAGCAACAUACUUCAGAUUCUCUGCUUGUAGCUCACCAAACGGGAGCGUGUCCAUACUUCCACACAAGCUGAACACUGGUUUAAAGGAGGCCCAAAGUCGAGGUUGAGGUUUUUAUUUUGUUGCCAGAUCUGACACCUUAAAAAUGCUAGUGCGACGCUGCACCAAUAAGAUGAAAUCCCUAAAGAAUCAUUCCUUGAGUUAACUUUUUUGUCUUGUGUUAAACGUCUCCUACUGUUUGCACGACGAGGUGCUCCCACGUAGAAAAGAUCCUAAAAUGUCCCACUUGUGUCUAUUUUGUUCAUUUUAACUGUGCUUUUUUAAAUGGAAAAUUAAUUCUCUUUUGAUAUAACUGUGGUUUACAUGAGAAAAAAAAUCAUCUGCUGAGAAACUUAUUUUUCUAUGCAAGUGCUGUAAGUGUACAUAAUGUAGCGGCGUGACGCUCCGAGACCGUCGGUGAGAAGGAACGGGCUUCCAACAAUAUCCCAUCUACGUCUGAGACUCCACCGAAGAGGAAGCUCCUGAAACCGGGUCCUGUGGAGAACGGCUGGCCGAGCUGCCGGAUAGGAAAGGGAAAACUAACUACAUUCACUGAUUGUUGCCACAUCCACUCAUCUACUGAUUAAUAUUAGGCAAACUACCAAGUUCACCUCACGUGAAGGGAAUGUCCCUUUAUAUUCAUUCAGUCAUUAUUGGAGAAAAAAAAACAUCUUUUCUUACAAAUCUUUUAAAGAAUAAAUAAAACAAUAUUUAAAUCA